CUGAAAAAGGGCUUAGGGUUCUGCCAUCAUUUCCCACUCUCUGUAUGUGUAGAAUUCGUUAUGUCACAGCGCUUCUCGCCUUCUUUCCCGUAAAAGAUGCCAUCAAAGCAGCUGCGUUGUCAAGUAAGUGGAGGUAUCUUUUGAGAAACAUUCUCCAACUUGUUUUCGAUGGAGAUUUUACUCGCAUCACAGAGUUCUGAUGGUUUGUGAUGGUCCGAUAACUGAGUUCGUGCUUGACAUUCCUGGCUUGACCCCAUGUUCUUGAUAUCAAUUGGAUGAUUCUUCGCCUUUCCAGCAAAGGGGUCCAGGAAUUUAGUCUCGUCUUUCCAGAAGUUUUGCAUUUGGAAACAAUUUGGUUUGUGGGAUUUAGCAGGCUUACUCGUCUUGAAUGGGAAAUCUUGUAGCUGUUGGGUGAUUUCUUUGAGAAUGUCAUUCCCAAGUGCCCGCUGCUUGAAGAAUUGAGUCUUUUUAAGUUAUGGCUCAGUUGGUAAACUUGAGAUUGUUGUUCCUCGUCUUAAAGUGCUUUCUCUUCAGUGUGAGUGGAUGUCAAUUGUCUUUGAGUUUAUCCAACUUCUUUCAGUGGUAACAAUUCUUGAUAUUCAUGGAGGCAAGUGUUGUUUAGCUACUGAUAAAUAUGAACAUAGCCCUUGUUUCCCCGUUGGGGAUGUUAUGGAGCUGGAUGUGGUCACUGUAUUUGCUUUUCUCCUUGCACUCCAGCAGUUAAAUCUUGGGCUCGAAUUCGAGAAAGUAAGCUUUGCUUCCCCCUACUCGACUUGUUCAACCUUGUCUACCUGGUUUCUCGCCUCAUUCAUUCAUGUUGUUGCUUUGUAAUUGUUAGUACCUUGCUGCAAGUGAUAAUAUCCCCACUGGGCUUCCUACUCCUCUUCACCACUUACAAGUCCUGGAAAUGCCUAACAUAUUCUUGGACAGCUUGCAGGAAGCGCAGUUUCUUAUAUGUCCUCAUGAGCUCCCCCAACUUGCGCCCGCUCACCAUUCAAAGGAGCUGCAGUCUGAUUGAUAUGGUAGUUGUCUUCACGCGUUGGACACUCAGGACAGGACAGGCCAGGCUUGCAGGUAGUAGUGGAGCUGAUGAGGUUUGUGUUAGCCAAGGCCCCACAUCUUCCCAGAGUCAACUUCCCGCUUUGCCGUAAGUUGGACACUUCAUUUGUGAAUGGAUCAUAUAAUUGUGCGUCCAAAGAAGCCAACACUUUGUAGCUUUACACUCACAUUUUAACCUUGGCAUCACUUCAACUUCUCGGGAAGUGCACGAUUCGAAAUGUUUAAUUUUUCCUUCUACAAUCUGUGUUUGUUACAGUUUUCUCAGCUUUGUGUAGAUACAACCAGGCUGUGCAUAGGGGUACCCUUCUCUGUGCCGGCCAGGCAGAUACCCACUGAACCGCCGGAUGGCGUUUCAUGCAUUCUCAUCCAUCAGAUGAGACGGUGACAUUUUUGUUACUCGACGGGGGAGACACAUAAAGCCUUUGGAUGGGAGCAUUGGCGUAUUCUCAGUCGUUAGAUGUGACGGUGGUCACAAGUGCCUUUGCGUAUUGAUGGGGGUACUCUCUUCCUUUUUUAUUCCCUUUUAUUCCGGUCAUUGAUUCCGUUUUUUACUGCGAAAGUGGCGUGUUACGGUGUAAGCGUCAUCUUUCUCGACAAGGGUUUUCCUUAGGGUAUAUAAAGAAAGAAAGAUUGGUGGGUUAUUUAGGGUUUUGGCAAUGUGUCUCCAUCAAAGUUUCCCUCUGUUUCUUCUCCUUCAGUGAGAGGGAGAGAAAAGACUUCGUUCUCUCUUUGUUGUGAAGCUGAGCAGAGCACCGAUCACUUGUUUGUGGUUUUGUGUACUAUAAAGCCAACGACAAUGGAGCUGGGCGAGUCGACUGUUGAUAGGAUUAGCAACGUUCCAGCCAAUGCGAUAGAGCAAAUUCUGACGCUGUUGCCCAUAAAAGAUGCAGCGAGAACCAGCAUCCUGUCAAGAAACUGGAGGCAUCAUUGGAGAAGUAUUCCUCAACUUGUGUUCGACGGUAGUUUUGCUCCACCACUCCCCAUUACGGAACCCUAUUUACCGGAUGAGAAAAAGGUCAUGAUGGACAUUUACGAAGCUCUGCUGCUUCAUGAUGGUCCAGUAACCAAGUUUGAGCUCUCAAUUCCUGGAUUCAGAGAAGACUGUCCACGUAUUUGUAAGUUGAUUCCUCACGUUGGAAGCAAAGGUGUCCAUGAACUUGCUCUUCGGUUUUCCAAGGGUCAGACCAAGCUGCCUUCCUCCCUGUUCACCGCCUGCAGUCACCUGACUGUUUUGAAACUGCAGCAUUGUAGUGUUGGUGCACCAUCUUCUUUUGUGGGAUUUCGUAAGCUGGUCGUUAUUGAGCUUGAACAUGUUAUCAUGCCUGAAGAUUUCCUGCAGAAGUUACAGCCGGAGUGCCCCCUGCUCCAAGAGUUGAGGGUUUUAUACUGUAGCCGGCAAGAAUAUAAACUUAAUGUGCCUUCUCUCAAAGUGCUUUUCAUUAAGUCGAGUGGUUCCGGUUGUAACAUUACGAUCCAGCAUGCUCCAGUGCUUUCAGUGCUAUCACUGACAGAUGGUUGGACGUCUAAGAAUUGGUUAGCACUGUUUGCUUCUCUCCCUGAGCUCAGGCAGCUGACUUUUGCAAUUCAUUCGCUGAAAUUGGGUACUAAUAAUGCCCAGCCGUCUUCAGAGGUAAUGGGUAGCCUACAGGAGCUGUUGGAAGCAGAGGAACGACAUGGAAUUUGUUGCCUUCAACAUCUUGAAGAGUUCGACAUUCUGGAUAGCCAAGGUAGGCAAGUCGAGCUGGACCUGGUGCGGCUUGUUCUGGCCACUGCCCCACAACUUCGUACGAUCUCGAUUAAGCGUGCAGUUAACUUGUCAUCUGAUAAGGUUCUGGGAUUCUUGAAUGAGCUGGUAUCGUAUAAGCGUAUUUCCAAAGACGCAGAGGUCAAAUAUGUCUAGGAAAAUAUGAGGUUGAGUUGAGACACUUUGUAGCUUUUACCUCUCUUGCCCUUUGGGUCGUUGCCCACCUACUUUCGUUGGUGCUUGAUUCUUUUGUUCUCGUUUCUUCUUUUCCCUGCAUGAUGUGAGGGUGUUUGAUCCCGGUGAGAAUGUAGUAGUUUUGAAGUGUUGUGGAACAGUCCAAUUUGAGAAGUUUCAGUAUUUUUUUUUUUUUUUUGGGAACAUGAAUUAUGUAAAUCUGGAUUGAUUUAUUCAGCACAUUGAGGUGAACAAUAUUCUACAAUUUGGGUGUCGCUGUUGUCUCUGCAUUAUUAUUAGUGUCAUAUUAGACCAUCGCACUU